AUGACGUGUGAGGAGAAGAGGGCGGGGCCCAGCUUGGAGACGACCUGCAUUCUCAAAAAGGAGGACAUCAAGGUCCUCCAGGGAGCCGCUCUGGUGUGGGUGGAGGCCCGGCUGGGGAGCACCACCUGCCGCUCGGCCAAGAGGACCGUGGUGCUCAGACACACAGGCCACGUUGUGGUUCCGAACCUGCUGCAGGACUCAGUGUACCAGGUCCAGGUCCGGCAUCGGUCCGCUGGGGCCAAGAACCCCCUGUGGAGCCCCUGGUCGGAGGUGCUGACGGUUCCUGCAGUGUGUGGGAACUCGGUACCGGACCCUCCUCAUGAGAAGCUCCAGAGCAGAACUUGCCGUCAGUGGCACGAGAUCCAAGAUGGAGGCUCAAGUUCUCCAGACCCCGAGAUCACCUUAACGGCGAAGACGCUGGCGAAGGAAAGGAAGCAACGAACCAAGAGACUCAGGGACUACGUCCGCUACCUCUACUCUGAGCACCGCUGUGUCGACGGCUCCAAACCACAGACGCUUCAAAUGUGCCUCUUCUAUAAGAGACAGGGGGCUCCUCUCAGGGAACCUCAGGACCUCGCCGCCUCCGGUGAAACCCUGACCUCGGCCGACCUGUCGUGGAGCCAGAUCCCCCCCGCGGCCCAGAGGGGCUUCCUGACCCACCUGGUCCUCUGCAGCGUGAGACUCGGCCCACAGGACCACGUCAAAGAGUGCCGGAAUAUCUCCGCCUCGCUGACGUCUCACCGGCUGGAGGACUUGACUCCGGGGACCAAGUACAACAUCAGCCUGGUGGGAGUCACCGGCGCUGGACGAGGACCUGAAGCCACCGUGUCCAUCAACACGCUGCCCGAGAAGACGGGGAACGUGUGGUGGAUCCUGGGUCUGCUGAGUCUGUUCUUCCUCCUCACGACGAUGUGCACCUGCAUCCUGAAGAGAAUCAGCAACAAGAUCUUCCACCCGGUGCCGAAGCCGGUGUUUCCAGACUUCAUCCUGAAUCCUCCAGAUAGUCAGCAGGAGUUCCUGGAGGGGAAGGAGGAGCUGGACGAGCUGACGCUGCACCAGUCGGUCCCCAAGCACCCGGAGGAGCUCCUCCUCCUCACGGGGGAGGAAGACGAGGGUGAAGAGGACCGGCUGGACAUGUCCGACGAGGAGAGCCACAGCUCAGAGGACCCGAAGAGCUCCAGAGGAGACGAGACGGACCUGGAACAAGUGGACAACGAGAUCGCCAUGUUGAUCUACAGGAACGGACUGGUGUUCGACCUGAAGACGGACGAGUCCUAGGAAG